CACUUAGUCUUGUAUGGUCAACACCCAUUCAUCCAAACUACAACAACAACAACCAUCCAUCACCCCACUUCCACUCUCGCCAUCAUCACUACCUCCACCACCACCUCCUCCCCAUCCAACAACCAUGAGCUCAAUCUCGUCCGACCAGCCCGCCCUCAAGGGAAAGGGCCCCGCGCCCAACUACGAUCACCAUCACGAGUCCACCACCAACGGCGCCGGCGGCUUCCGCCCGCAAGCUCCCAUGGCCGUGCAGCCUCCCAGGGCCGAAGACCUCCAGAAAUCCUACGCCAGCAUCAUCACUAACGAUGCCGACCCCAAGGACUGGUACGGCUACAUGAUCAACGGCCUCGGCGCUGUCAUCGGCACCAUUGGCGCCAUCCCGUGCUGCAUCAUGUGCCCGAACCCCUACAAGACCGUGCAGCAAGGCAACGUCGGCCUGGUGACCAAGUUCGGCAAGUUCUACAAGGCCGUCGACCCGGGUCUCGUCCGCGUCAACCCGCUCGCCGAGAAGCUGAUUCAGGUGGACGUCAAGAUCCAGAUCGUCGAGGUGCCGCAGCAAGUCUGCAUGACCAAGGAUAACGUGACGGUGCAGUUGACGUCGGUGAUCUACUACCACAUCGUCAGCCCGCACAAGGCCGCCUUUGGCAUCACCAACGUCAAGCAGGCCCUGAUCGAGCGCACCCAGACCACGCUGCGCCAUGUCAUCGGUGCCCGCGUGCUGCAGGACGUGAUCGAGCGCCGCGAGGAGAUUGCCCAGUCCAUCGGCGAGAUCAUCGAGGAUGUCGCGGCCGAAUGGGGCGUGGCCGUCGAGAGCAUGCUUAUCAAGGACAUUAUCUUCUCCCACGAGCUGCAGGAUUCGCUCUCCAUGGCUGCCCAGAGCAAGCGCAUCGGCGAGAGCAAGAUUAUUGCCGCAAAGGCCGAGGUCGAGGCCGCCAAGCUGAUGAGGCAGGCCGCUGAUAUCUUGAGUUCUGCUCCUGCUAUGCAGAUUCGCUACCUUGAAGCAAUGCAGGCUAUGGCCAAGUCUGCGAACAGCAAGGUGAUCUUCUUGCCGGCGACGAAUCAGACGAUGCCUAGUCAGGCCCAGUUCAAUGCGUCGUUGGAUGCCCCGGGGUCCUUUAAUCCGGGUGAGCAGGGUGAAGGCAGCGGUUCGAAGAACAAAACGUCUACGUUCCACGACUUUGGAGGUUCCGAUGGAGGAUUCCAGCAGGCGUUGAAUGCCCACUUGGUCGAGAACCUAUAAGCCCCUUAGGGGGUACAAGGUCAUGAUACGAUGGUUAACGACAUGGACGAAUAUUUACCUUCUCAAACCAAUGACGAUGGCAAUAAUUGAGUUUUGGCGGAGUUUACGACCCGAUCCCUCACACGAAGACAAUGAACACAUUCCAACGCUCCAGCCUACCGCUGCUCAGCUACGAGCUUAAUCAGGGGCCUGGUCCAGCAACAUCACUCUGCUUAUUGCUCGCGCCUCUUUCCAACAGUUUCUCUUUUUCCCUUCACAGUACAUAUCUUUUCUUUGUAGGAUACCCGUGGAAUGCUUUGUUUUGUUUUCUCUGAGUUGGAAGGCACGGUACGGGGAAAGAUAAUGGGAAUGAUUUCUUCGCUUGGACUAUGGGAUCGCUUGUUACCAUUACAUGCUUUGGAUGAUAUACUCACGUUUCAUUACCUCUACAUUAUACACUCGCUAGUAUUGGUAAUGAUAAUUCAAUUUUACAGUCACCACCUG